AUGUCUACUCGGAUUGCUACGUCAGAAGAAGCGCCACAUUCACAUCUUCCUCCGGCCCACGAACUCCGGGAUGUUGGACAGAAGACGACAGGUCGGCCGUUGGCGAACCAUGCAGCACCGCAAAACGAACCAACGGAAACCACACCCAAGACGCCGGGACUAAAAAUAGUCGUAAGCGGCUACUCGUUUUUUAUCUCUGGAGUAAACGAUGGUACUCUGGGGCCCUUGAUCCCGUACAUCUUAACGGGGUUUGAGGUAGGAACAGGAGAGAUCGCGAUCAUGUACGCCUGCACCUUCGUCGGCUGGGCACUCGCUGCGGUUCUCAACCCAAUCUUUGCCAAGUACUUCCCGCUCGGCUUCAUCCUCGGCGUUGGCGCCCUUCUGCAGCUUAUCUCUCAUUGCAUGAGGCCAUGGGGGCCCUUUCCUUUGUAUUGUGUGUCGUUUUUCGUGCAGGCUGUGGGUAUGGCGUUGCAGGAUUCGCACUCGAACACGUUUGUGAGUAGCCUUGCGCUUGCCCACAGGUGGCUUGGGUUCAUCCAUGGCAGCUAUGCCGCUGGUCUGUUAGUAGGUCCCUUGAUAGCGACAGCCAUAGCGUCUAAGGGUGGCAUCAUCGGUGGCGUGCAGAGCUGGAGGGCGGUCUUCUUUGCCGUCAUUGGUAUUGCCUUCGUCAAUGUCGUCGGUGUAGUCGUAGGUUUCAGAGACUCGUUGUGGCAGAGAGAUAUGCACAGAAAGACCACCGACUCCAGUAACUCAGGACGAAGCAAAGCGGCUAUCCAGGAGUUGAAGCAAACAGUUCAAUCCAAAGCCCUGUGGCUGCUGUCCCUGUCAUUUUUUCUUCAGCUGGGGGCCAUUUUAACUGCGGGAGGCUGGGUCGUCGAGUACCUCAUCACCGUCCUCGGCGGUGAUCUCUCUAAAAUGGGCUAUGUGCCGAUGGGCUUCUAUGGGGGGAUAUUGCUAGGCCGCUUGCUCCUUGCCGAACCGACACACCGCUUCGGCGAACAGCGCAUGGUUCUCUUAUACAACGUCCUCCUUCUGGGUCUACAUCUUGUCUUCUGGCUAGUACCCAAUACCGCGGGAUCUGCCACUGCUCUGGGUUUAAUGGGCUUCGUCUCGGGACCUUUCAUUCCUGCGGGCAUCAGUGUCGCGAGUAAGCUUUUCCCACGCAAGAUCCGCUCCGUGGCACUGGGGUUUAUCUUUGUGCUUGCCCAAGCGGGAGGUACAUUCUUCCCUUCGAUCACUGGCAUUAUUGCUCAGAGUGCUGGGGUAGGUGUUUUGCAGCCCAUUGUUGCAGGGUUGAUUGUUGCAAGCGGGAUUUUUUGGUUCCUGGUUCCAAAGGUCCCUAGGGGUCCGAAUAGAGAUGAGUAG